AGUUGGAGUAAAAGGUAGUUUUUUAUCAGGUGGUGAAAAACAACGUAUUGCUAUUGCUCGAGUUCUUAUUCGUCGGCCUAAAAUAUUAUUAUUAGAUGAAGCUACAAGUGCUAUGGACCCAUACAAUGAACAAAUAGUACAAGAAACUCUUGAACAAGCUCAAACAGAAGAUCCUAGUCGAACAUCACUUAUUAUUGCACAUCGUCUUUCAACAGUACGUUCAUGUGAUUUAAUACAUGUACUAGAAAUGGGUCGUAUAGUUGAAAGUGGUACUCAUACUGAACUAGUACAAAAAGGUGGAAUUUACUAUACAAUGUUAAAUGCUCAAAACAACGUACAAUAA